AUGUUCGUGCAACCUGGACAUCAGUUCUGUCCCACAUGCGGUGCAAAGAAUGAAGCUUUCGACCCCAUAGCGCAGGCAGUGGACGCAGGGGCCCGCCAACAGGGUUAUCGGCGAAAAGCGACCGCCUUGGUGGAUUUGCAAGAUGCUUUAGACAAACAUUUGGUCAAGGUUUGGGGCGAUAUGCUCAGCAAGAUGAGAGCCCCAUCCAAAGAUGAAAGUGCGCCCACAACACCAGCUCCUACCCCGCCAACUCCUGCUCCCACAACCCCUGCGCCCCAAGUUGUGCCUGCCACACCGGCGCUACAGACCAAGGGGCCACAGGCUGCUCCAAGCACGGCCCCAGCUGCAACAGCAAAAGCUCCAGAAGCUCAAGGGAAGCAGGCAGAAGCAGAAGAAAACUGUGAGUUUGACCUUGACAACCCAGAAGAUGUUUGCAAUUACAUCUUGGGCCAUUUUAAGGCUAGCUUGCGGGAGGGCGCAAUGCCGGCGGUCAAGUUUUACGUCGGUCAGUUGAAAGCAAAAUGCACCAAGGGGAAGCCAUUGUCAAGUUUGGUGCAACAUGAAAUUGUUUCAUCACGAGUGUUGAUGAAGCCUCACACCAGAGACAUGUGGCUGAAGAGCUGGGUGUCCAACAGAUCUCACCGGUACGUUUCACUUCCAAAGAAACAGGAAAACCAUUUGCAAGGGCGGCGUGGUUUGGGAAGGCGCCUCGACUGGGGUGAAACAAGGUGUGCCAUGGUGAUCUUACAAACUUCUGGGGUCAAAGAUGUUCAUAAUGGUCAAUCCCACACAUUGAAAGCGCAAGGGAACUACAUAGUUUUAGGAUACAAUGCAAGAAGAAACACAGGACAUAAGAACCGCUGUGCCAUGGGGUUUGGAUGUGUGGGGUAA